CAUUUGUGGAAGAAAAACUCCACCCCAUGUGAACUUUGAUUUUAGUUUAUAAAUUUGAACUGUAACUUUGUUUAUAAAGAAAAAUUCUACUCCAUGGUAAUCGCUGCGCAAGGUUUUCACAUUUGGAGCUCGCAAGAUACAGAAGGCGCAGGUUCCUUGAAAGCUCAUUAGAGCGGUUAGAGAGAAUCAACUCAUCUCUCUCUGUCCUGCCCUUCAAAAUCUGGAAUUGGGUUCUGUUUUUCCUUCUCUUCCAGUUUUGUGAUUCUGUUUCUGGAUUCCUCAAAUUACUUCUGUUCUUGUUGUUCGUGGAAUACUCGAGUUCCUGGGAAAAUGUUUGGUUCGAGGAAGGCACAUUUGAAGAUAGGGAGACAUAGUUCUACUCCAAACCCUUUUGAGUCUGAUGAUGGUUUUAAAGCGAAGCAGAAUCUGGUUACCUCGCAAAGGACUAGCUCGGACCCUUCGUUAGUGAAAGAGAGCUUUAUCUCCAAUCCUUUUGAUGAUGAUCAUGGACAUGCUCCCUCUUCUUCAAGCUCACUAACUUGGUCAGAAAGAAACAAGUACAAGAACGAUUUUCGGGAUUCGGGAGGGUUGGAAAACCAAUCUGUUCAGGAGCUGGAGAAUUAUGCUACUUAUAAGGCUGAGGAAACAACAAAAGCAGUGAAUGGCUGUCUAAAGAUUGCUGAAGAGAUAAGGGAGGAUGCUACCCAAACUUUGGUUGCCUUGCAUCAGCAGGGUGAGCAAAUUACAAGGACUCAUAUGGUUGCUGCUGACAUCGAUUAUGAUCUCAGUCGGGGAGAGAAACUUCUGGGAAAUCUAGGGGGGAUUUUCUCUAAGACUUGGAAGCCAAAGAAAACUCGACCAAUAUCCGGGCCUAUUGUGAACUCUGAUGAUUUGGUAAGAAGGAAGGGUAGCCACUUGGAGCAGAAGGAAAAAUUAGGAUUGACUCAUCACAAGGGACGGACCAAUACAAAAGCUGCAUUUGCUGAACCUACCAAUGCAAUUCAAAAAGUUGAGGUAGAAAAGGUGAAGCAAGAUGAUGCACUAUCUGACAUGAGCAAUAUCUUGGAAGAGCUCAAGGAAAUGGCUGUUGACAUGGGUUGUGAAAUUGACAGGCAGAUUGUUGCUCUGGAUCAUGCUUCAGUUGAUGUCGAGGUGCUUGGUGACCGAGUUAAAGAUGCUAGCCGACGGGGUCGUCGUCUCCUUGGAAAAUAGAGUUCAAAGCUCUCACAUUCAUGAUUACCCAUCUCUUGAUUAC